AUGGCCGGAUCCAGCAGCAGUCGCAGCAGUAGCAGCAGCAGCGCGUGCUCGAGCCCCAGUAGCGGCAGUGCGAGUCCCAUUGCCAGCAGCAUCGCGUCUCCUGCUGCGCCGUCUCUCUCCUCUCCCCGUGGCAGUCCACAGAACGACGCGACGAACGCAAACGAUGCCGCUGUUUCGUGCUUGAGGGAGUCCACCAGCGCGCGUACAGGGGACAGUCCAACCGAUACAGCGGCCAAACAGCUGCACAAGAAGAAGCCGUCGAGUGGAUCGCCCGACGCGCCGAAGACGCCGCUCUUGUCGACUGCCGAGCGCGAGGCGCUACGUCGAGAGGAAGAGCAGGUUUUGCACGACCAGCGCGACCGGCAGCUCAAGUCGCUGGACCUCGUCAAGCAGAACCUGACGCAGGACGCUGAGUGGAGCGCCAAGUCGGCGCGAGAGAAGAAAAUGGCGUUUCUCAUGGCUCAGUCCGACGUGUUUACGUCGUUCCUCAUGGGCGGCAGCAGCGCUGUCGGCAAAGAGAUGUCCCGCAGCAAGAAAGCAGCGGCCAAAGACGCUGGCUCGAAACGUGGCAAAAGCAGUAAACAGGCAGACGCACAAGCGCUACAGGACAUGGACGAUGCGCGGUAUACGCGUAUCACGCAGCAGCCGUCGAGUAUACGCUUUGGCACAAUGAAACCGUAUCAGCUCGAAGGUCUCAACUGGAUGAUUCGUCUUCAUGACUCGGGCGUGAAUGGCAUCUUGGCCGAUGAAAUGGGGCUAGGCAAGACGUUGCAGAGCAUCUCGUUGCUCGCGUACUUGAGAGAAGCACGAGGGAUUGAAGGACCUCAUAUCAUUAUUGUGCCGAAAAGCACGGUCGGCAAUUGGAUGAAGGAGCUCAAGCGAUGGUGUCCGUCGAUCAACGCGUUUAAGUUCAUGGGUAGCAAAGACGAGCGGGCGCUGCAGCGAGAGACGGUGGUGAAGCGGGACUUUGACGCGUUGGUGUUGUCAUACGAAGUGGCGAUUAUUGAGAAAGCUAUAUUGCAGAAGAUCAAGUGGAAGUACUUGCUGAUUGACGAAGCGCAUCGAGUAAAGAAUGAGAACUCGAAGCUUUCGCGUGUUGUGCGUGAGUUCAAGGUUGAGCACCGACUACUGAUUACGGGCACGCCACUGCAGAAUAAUUUGCAUGAACUGUGGGCGCUGCUGAACUUCUUGCUGCCGGACAUUUUCUCAGACGCCGAAGACUUUGACUCGUGGUUUAAUGUGGACGAAGAAGAAGGACAGGAAAACGUGAUCAAGAAGCUGCACACGAUAUUGCGUCCUUUCUUACUGCGUCGAUUGAAGGCAGACGUGGAGCAUUCAUUGCCGCCGAAAAUUGAGACCAAGCUUUAUGUUGGUUUGUCUGAAAUGCAACGUGAGUGGUACAUGCACGUGCUUCAUCGUGAUGCGACGCAUUUGAAUGCUAUUGGUGGCAGUGACCGCGUGCGUUUGCUGAACAUUCUGAUGCAGUUGCGUAAGGUAUGCAACCACCCGUACUUGUUUGAGGGCGCGGAGCCUGGUCCGCCGUACCAGGAGGGACCUCAUCUGUGGGAGAACUGUGGUAAAAUGACUUUGUUGCACAAACUCUUGCCGAAGCUUCGGGCGCAAGGUUCUCGUGUGCUGAUUUUCUGCCAGAUGACGUCUAUGAUGGAUAUCCUGGAAGAUUACAUGCGUUACUUUAGUCACGACUAUUGUCGACUGGAUGGAUCGACGAAAGGCGAAGACCGUGACAGCAUGAUGGAGGAGUUUAACGCCCCGGGGAGUACUAAGUUCUGCUUCUUGCUGAGCACACGUGCUGGCGGUCUCGGUAUCAACUUGGCCACGGCUGAUAUCGUGAUUCUAUUCGACUCGGACUGGAACCCUCAGGUGGACUUGCAAGCCAUGGAUCGCGCGCAUCGUAUCGGACAGACGAAGAUUGUGCGCGUGUUUCGUUUCAUCACGGAUGGGACAGUCGAAGAGAAAAUCGUGGAGCGUGCAGAGCGCAAGCUGUACCUUGACGCUGCUAUCAUUCAGCAGGGUCGACUCGCCCAACAAAAUCGGAAGCUGUCGAAAGACGAGCUGAUGACGAUGGUGCGCUUUGGUGCCGACGAAAUCUUCAACGCUCGAGGAUCGAUGAUCACCGACGACGACAUCGACGCUAUUCUGGCUCGUGGUGAAGAACGCACUGAGUCCAUGAAAGGCAAAAUUGCGGCUGACAUGCAGCACAAUCUGGCGAAUUUCUCAUUGUCGGGUGACAACGGCAAUGCCAACGCCUCAAGCCUGUAUGAGUUCGAGGGAGAGGUGUUUCUGAAGGACUCGAACAGUGGAGACGUUUUACCAUCGACGUUCAUUGCUCUUCCUCAGCGCGAGCGCAAGUCCAACUACAACGAAGACGAGUAUUAUCGUCAGCAAGCGGGUCUAUCGAAGCCCAAGAAGCCUAAGAAGUCUGGCUCAGACGCUGCAAAGGUCCCCGUUGUGCAUGACUAUCAGUUUUUCCAGCAGGAACGCAUGGUGGCAUUGCUCACAAAGAAGACUCAAGUUGAGAACCGCCGGAAGGAACUUACUCGACUCAUAAAGGAAGCCAAAGCUGACGAGAGUCGUGCCAAAGCGCGAAAGCCGAAGACUGCUGAGGGUGAAGAGUCCGUGGAAAACUCAGCAGAGGAAGAGGGAGGCGACGACGCACGUUCUACUGCUCUUGAGAAGGAGCUGAACGAGACGGAAAUGGACGCCGCGGAUGCAAAGGAGCUAGGGGCUCUCGAAAAGGAAGGCUUUGGCGACUGGACACGACGGGAUCUGAAGCAGUUUAUCACUAGCUGUGAGCGUUACGGUCGCGCUGACAAGACGCGCGUAUGUGAGGAGGUCUCGGCAGUUCUUGGCAAGGAUCCUGCACAGGUGGAACGGUACUACGAUACGUUUUGGUCUCGCUUUACGGAGCUGAAGGACCACGCAAAGUAUGUGGAGAAGAUUGAGCGAGGCGAGAAGCGUCUGGAGCGCAACGAAGUGGUGAAGCAGGCGUUAGCGCGCAAGUGCAGCCGAUACAGCCACCCAUUGCGUGACAUGCGAUUGCACUACCCGGCCGGCUAUAAGAGCAAAGGCUACAUCCUGGAAGAAGACGUGUUUCUCGUGGUCAUGAUGAACAAGUACGGUCCGUUGGAGCAUUGGGGCGAGAUCCGGGAUGAGAUUCGUAAGGCGUGGCAAUUCCGUUUCGACUGGUUCUUCAAGUCGCGCACCAUUGCUGAGCUUCAGAAGCGCGGCGAGGUGUUGACGCGCAUGGUUGAGCGCGAGAACGACGAGCUCAAGAGCCGCAAUAGCAAGGACGAGGACGAUCUUGCCAAGAAGGCGAAGAAGAGUAGCUCUUCGCGCUCCAAGUCCAAGAGCAAGACCACGAGCAGUAGCAGCCAUAGCAAGACGUCGAGCUCGAGCAAGAAGCGCAGUAGCUCGUCCAAGUCGGCGUCGUCGUCUUCGACAAAGAGGCAGCGCUCGGGUUGA